AUGUCGCUGCGCCCGAGCGAGCGGGUCGAGGUGCGGCGGAACCGCUACAAGGUGGCGGUUGACGCGGAGGAGGGGCGGCGGCGGCGCGAGGACAAUAUGGUGGAGAUCCGCAAGAACCGCCGCGAGGAGAGCCUCCUCAAGAGGCGCCGCGAGGGGCUCCAGGCCCAGGUCCCUGCCCCUCCCUCCGGGGUCGAGAAGAAGCUUGAAAGCCUCCCAGCUAUGGUUAGUGGGGUUUAUUCAGAUGACAAUAACCUUCAGCUUGAGGCCACCACACAGUUCCGCAAGUUGCUCUCUAUAGAGAGGAGCCCCCCCAUUGAAGAAGUUAUCAAAUCAGGUGUAGUUCCAAGAUUUGUGCAGUUUCUCACCAGAGAGGAUUUCCCCCAGCUGCAGUUCGAAGCAGCAUGGGCUCUCACAAAUAUUGCUUCUGGCACUUCAGAAAAUACAAAGGUUGUUAUUGAUCAUGGGGCUGUUCCUAUAUUUGUGAAGCUUCUUGGGUCUGCUAGUGAUGAUGUUCGUGAGCAGGCUGUGUGGGCUCUGGGCAAUGUUGCUGGUGAUUCUCCGAAGUGCCGUGACCUUGUUCUUGCCAAUGGUGCGUUGAUGCCUCUGCUAGCCCAGUUGAAUGAGCAUGCUAAGCUCUCCAUGUUGAGGAAUGCCACCUGGACUUUGUCUAACUUCUGCAGGGGAAAGCCACAGCCAUCAUUUGAUCAGACUAAGCCUGCUCUGCCAGCACUUGCACGACUUAUCCAUUCCAACGAUGAGGAAGUUCUCACUGAUGCAUGCUGGGCUCUGUCAUACUUAUCCGAUGGCACUAAUGAUAAGAUCCAAGCUGUGAUUGAAGCUGGUGUUUGCCCCCGACUUGUGGAGCUCCUCCUCCAUCCAUCACCGUCAGUGCUUAUACCUGCUCUACGAACUGUUGGGAACAUUGUCACUGGAGAUGAUAUGCAAACUCAGUGUAUCAUUGAUCAUCAAGCUCUUCCUCGCCUCCUGAAUCUAUUGACACAGAACCACAAGAAAAGCAUUAAGAAAGAGGCAUGCUGGACGAUUUCAAAUAUUACUGCUGGAAACAAAGAUCAGAUACAGGCUGUCAUAAGUGCUGGCAUUAUCGCUCCUUUGUUGCAACUGCUUCAAACAGCAGAGUUUGAUAUCAAGAAGGAGGCUGCUUGGGCCAUCUCAAAUGCUACCUCUGGUGGUUCCCAUGAGCAAAUCAAGUACUUGGUGGCAGAGGGCUGCAUCAAGCCAUUGUGCGACCUUCUUGUUUGCCCUGAUCCGAGAAUUGUAACAGUUUGUCUGGAGGGUCUUGAGAAUAUUCUUAAAGUAGGGGAGCACGACAAGACCAUGGGUGGUGCAACAGCUGAUGGCAAUCUCUUUGCUCAGAUGAUUGAUGAAGCGGAAGGCCUGGAAAAGAUUGAGAACCUACAGAGCCACGAUAAUAAUGAAAUCUAUGAAAAGGCUGUGAAGCUUCUUGAGGCAUACUGGAUGGAGGAGGAAGAUGACGCAAUGGCUACUGCUGGGGAAGCUGCUCCCGCUGUUUUUGACUUUAGCCAAGGUGGCAACCCUCCUGCUGGUGGUGGUUUGAACUUCAACUGA